AUGGAAACACAAGCAGACUUUGCCCCUUAUUUCUAUGACAAUGGACCCUACAUCUACAAUGGGAACCUGGCACUGUUUAGCCUCUCAGAGGAUACGGCUGUUGGUACACAGAUCUAUUGUCUUAAUGGCACAGACCCUGAGGGACAGGAGGUUAGGUAUGGCCUUUCCUUUGAUCCAGGAUCCAAAGAAUACUUCAGGGUCGACCCCAAAUCUGGAAACAUCACAUUGGUGGAACAGCUGGAUAGAGAGAAACAGGAUUCUAUUAACGUUCUUGUCAGCAUCACAGAUGGGCGAAGCAAGGUUGUGGAAAGAGUCACAGUAUUUGUAAUGGAUGCAAACGAUGAGAAACCUGAAUUCCAAAACAUGCCGGCAAUAAUUGAUGUCCUGGAAACAACUGAGUCUGGCAGCAGCAUCUACAAAGUAGAGGCAGUGGACAGAGACACAGGCUCAGGAGGCUCAGUCAACUUCUUCCUCCAGAAUCCUCAGUCCACUUUGUUUGCCAUGGACAGACAUAGUGGUGUCCUGCGUAUCAAAUCUGGAGAAAUGUUGGACUAUGAAAAAACAAAGACGCACUUUGUCACUGUCAUUGCAAAGGAUGGUGGCGGUAAUUUUAAUGGCAAGGAGCAGUUUAUGUCAUCCACUGCUACCCUGACAAUCAAUGUGAUCGAUGCACAGGACACGCCGCCAUCUUUUAUCGGGACACCCUAUUUCGGCUACGUUUAUGAAAUCUCCGUGCCGGGUUCUGAAAUAUUCACUGUUCUUGCCAAAGAUGGGGAUGUGGGAAACCCAAAUCCAAUCCGUUAUUCCUUUGAGGAUGGUGACGACAGUGUUUUUAGCAUCAAUAAAACUAGCGGAUGUAUCACACUGCUGACUCACCCCAUGUAUCUGAAGAGAGAAGUCUUUAACAUUAAAGUCAAGGCAUCAGAAGUCAGUCCUGAAGGCAGACUCAUGGACUUUGGGGUGACCACGAUGGUGAUCCGUGUGGUGGACCUGAACAAUAAUCCCCCUACUUUCUACGGAGAAAACGGCCCACAGAACAUGUUUGAGUUGACCAUGUACGAGCAUCCACCGGAGGGAGAGAUCCUCCGGGGGCUGAAAAUCACUGUCAACGACUCCGAUCAGGGCGCAAAUGCAAAAUUUAAUCUUCGACUGAUCGGACCGGGAAGGAUGCUGCGAGUCGUCCCUCAGACUGUACUCAAUGAGGCCCAGGUCACAAUCUUAGUAGAAGACUCUUCUGCCAUGGACUAUGAGAAACACCAGUUUCUCACAUACAAGCUACUUGCAGUUGAGAUCGAUACGCCUGAGAGAUUCAGUGCCACAGCAGACAUCGUCAUUCAUCUCCUGGACACAAACGACAACGCUCCCAAAUUCUCCUCAGAUUACUACAUCGCCAGAAUUCCAGAAAACUCACCGGGUGGCUCCAAUGUGGUGUCAGUCACAGCAACAGACCCAGACUCAGGACCUUGGGGUGAUGUGAAGUACUCCAUAUACGGAUCAGGGGCGGACUUGUUCCUGAUCCAGGCUACAUCUGGGAUCAUCUACACCCAGCCGUGGGCGAGCCUGGACGCAGAGGUGAGGUCCAAGUACAACUUCUAUGUAAAGGCAGAGGACGCAGAGGGGAAAUACAGCCUGGCUGAAGUCUUUGUGACUGUGUUGGACCUGAAUGACCACCCACCUGCAUUCAAUGACAACUUCCAGGAGAAGACUAUGGUGAUUGGAGUACCAGUGAAAAUAGAGGCUGUAGACGACGAUGCAGAAGUACCAAACAAUGUCAUUGAGUACGCCAUCAUGAAAGCUGAGCCAGACAACAACAUCUUCGACAUUAACGCUGACACGGGGGAGAUCAUGCUCAAGUCCUACAUCAAGUCCAUGGCCAUUAUUCAGAACAUCACCAAGCAGACGGACUGCACCUGGUCGCUGGUGGUGCAGGCUCGGGACCGCGGCCAGCCUUCCUUCAGCACAACUGCGGUUAUCAAGAUCGACAUCACUGAAGCUACCCAACUCAGUGGGGGGCCUUUGGGAUCAUUUUUGAUGCAGAAUAGAAACAAGCCUUUGCAAAUCCUAGGGAUGCUUGCUGGUGUCAUUAGUCUCAUGGUCAUAGUCACAGUCGUCAUCUCCACUGCAACAUUCAUGCGCAACAAAAAGUCCAACCGGAUCCUGCCUAACCGCCGCGUGAGAAGGAGGAUUCCGAAACAGCAGCCCUGGAACUUCAGAAACCCUUUCAAGGUACCAGAAACUCCCGGAGAGAAAUUCAGAGUAGAAGAGGAAGAGCCAGAGGUCACCGUGGAGAAUGUCAACUAUAACAACAAUGUGACGAAUGUUGUGAGACAAUGGCCUCCGCUGCCUUGCGCCCCGUCUCUUCCCCCACCACCACCCACUUACAUCCCGGGGGAGAGGCAGUGGGUGGUACCAACCGUCUCAGCAACAGUGGCACCCAAACCUAGAAAGAAGCCAGUGAUGAACAGACAGGACACUGUGAACUUAGCGCUGGUCUCAGAGCUCAAGAUGAGACUGGAGCAGAAGAGGAUGCUAAAACAUUGA